AUGACGACCUCAACUCGAAACCCACGAAGGUGCUUAUUUCCGGCCCUGGCUUCCUUUCGUAAGGCUGAGACCGGUGUCCAGACCUGCACGGACUCUUAUGGUCAUGUGAAUCGGCCUCUUGAAAGCCUCAAACGCCACGAAGUAUCACAGUGGUUGGACGCUGAAAGUACGAAUGCAUUGUCCUUGCUGCGGGUAGCUUGGGCAGUGGUCCUACGCUCAUAUACUGCGGGAGAUCAUGUUUGCUUCCGAGUUCAGGGUCGAGAGACAAAGCCGUACGAGGCUCACAUCACUGGUUCAACGGUAAUCCGUCAGCUCCUGCAUGAUGAGACAGACUCUAUCAGUGGAUGUACAUGUGGAGGAAUGAACACCAAUGGGGGCGACUGGGUAGAGACUUCCAAUACCUGUAUCUUCGUUACGCAUGCUGCGGACCAGACGAAUGGCAGUCUUUCGAACGAGAGCGUCAGUGAUCCGUUUAAAAUACCAAUGGUGAUUUUUCUGUGUCUGGAUGAAGCCACUGAUGUUUCCCAUCUAUCGAUCAGGUACAACCAUAUCCUUAUGUCUGAUAGGGAAGGCCGUGGGGUUGCAGACACACUGCACCAGACCAUCCUCGAAGUUCUUGACAAACCAGGUCAUACCGUGGGCGAUGUGGAUUUGACGGAGGGACAGCGCGCUUACGACCUCAUUGCGCAGCGGUGUCGUGAAAGACCCGAUGCCACUGCGAUCUCCGCAUGGGACGGAGAGAUGACCUUCGGCGAGCUGGACCGACGGUCCUCUUCAGUGGCCUUGCAGCUUCUCGAGCUCGAAGUUGGAGUAGAAGAUAUUGUUCCGGUUUAUUUCGAAAAGUCCAAAUGGGCCGUGGUGGCGAUUGUUGGUGUUAUCAAGGCUGGGGCGGCGUUUGUUCUCAUGGAUGCUGGUUUCCGCAUAGACCUGCUGCGCAAGGUCUGCCACACAGUAGAAGCACGUGUGAUACUCUCCUCUCGCCCAUGUCUGCCCGCCGCUGAGGGACUGGUCGAGCAGGUGGUGUGUCUCGACUCUAGUUGGGACGAUCCAGGCUUUGUGCAAGUUGUGCUCAAACACCUGACCGUUGAAUUCCACACCCAGGAUGCCAAUAUGCUAGACCAGCACUGCCGCGAUGACUCGGCAGGUCUGGCUACUCCGGCCACGGACGGCAAACCCCCUUUUUAA